AUGAGUACGAGCACUAGUAGUAAGAAACAGGACAGGAAAGGGGACGGAGCGGGCCGGAAGCUGAGCACUCUUCCUCCAUCAGAUGCUGCCACCCGGAAGUCCUCUUUAGAACCCCCAGCACCAGAAAAUUUGGCCGUUCGGAGACCGUCUAUUGACAAUAGGAAAAUGUCAAUUGUAGAUUCCAUCCCCGGACGUUCAACGCUAAUUAUAACGUCAGCACAUACACAACGCCCGAACGUCAAGUAUGAAAAUACUUACAAAACGGAACCGGACAAAAAGGUCCGAAGUGACCUUUUACGAGACUGUAUAAAGGAUUUGUUUGAGAAAGAGCUGGACGAUAAGACAUAUAACAAAGAAGAGUGUAGUAAUAUGUCAAAAAGUCUAGCAGACAGGUUAAAACAGCGCGUGAAAAUGCUAGGCUUCUCACGAUAUAAGAUCAUCACUGUUGUCUGUAUCGGACAACGAGAGGAGUUCAAUCCGUCUGUGGCCUUCACGAGCAGGUGCAUGUGGAGUGCACAAUUUGACACUUUCUCACAGCACGUGUACAAGAACACGUCAUUGUACGCUCUCGGCUUGGUGUAUGCUAUGUACGCAGAAUGA